AUGCAGUUGGCAUCAGCUAGAGUGAACCGCUUCUGCACAGCCCCCAGUAACCGGACAGGCUUCUUGUGUGAUGACAGAGUGACCUGCAUCCCAUCCAGUUGGGUCUGUGACAGAGUCAGCAACUGCAGGAAUGGAGAGGAUGAGCAGGAGAAGCUCUGUGGUGACUUACCCCACAGCCUCCCAGGAUACCUGGUUUUCCUCUGCAGUAACCCCAGAUCCUGGAUCUAUGCCGAUCAGAGGUGUAACGGGAUGAACGACUGCGGAGACUGCUCUGACGAGUCGGGGAGCUUGGCCUCCUGUCCCCCAUGUGGGUGGGAGUGGUGGAGCUGCAUCCCUGUGCGCUAUGAGUACUGCUCCUGCAUCCCCAGGAGGCUGUGCCGGGAUGGCGUCCAGGACUGCCUUGGCUGGUCAGACGAGUACGUCUGCAGGCCAUGAAGUCCUGGCACCCCUCAGUGCUGGAGACAGCAGGGUGCUUCCCACACUGUCACCUCUGAGCCUUGCUGUCCUCCUGCUCUGCCACCCACUUGGGAAGCUCCAAUCCAAGCAAAUCCUCAGGAGCAGUGCAGUGACACUGAACAGGGACCAAGGGCACAUGGCAGCCCACGCUGCAGGCUGGGUACUGACUGUGGGACACCUCCAAGGAUUCUCCUGUCAUGUGAAGAUGAGCACUUUCUACAUGGGCUUCUGCUGCCUUGCACUCGAUGCUGUGCAGCUCCUGGGACUCUUCAUCGGCUGCUGCCAGCACAGACACGGUGUCUGGGCAGCCCUGGGCCAGGGGG